CUUGAGACCAACCCACUCUGCAUUUCCCAUUUUAUUCUUCUUCUUCUACUACUAUCUUUAUCAUCAUUAUACCUUCCUGUCUAAGGGAAGGAAUAGAACAAACACCAUGUCUGUAACUUUCCUACUUUUUCUACCUUCUUCGUGACACAACAGUCUUUGUUUUCCCUCCUCCACCUGAUUCAAAGUCCUCUUGUCAGAUCCCAGAUUCAUUGUGUCAAAAGUUCUAUAUAGUUUUCAUCUCUCUCUCUCUCUCUCUGAUCUGAUCAAGACCCACUUCAAAAAAAUGCAGAUUCUCAAAUGGGUUUUCAACCUUUUCUUUAUAUACUCCAGUUUCAAUGUGUUUGCAGGAAUGGUAGCUCAAAGAAGCCCAAUGGUGUGUUCAGAGGCAGAUAGAGCUGCACUGCUUGAUUUCAAAGCCAAAAUUGUGAUGGACACUACAGAAAUUCUAUCUUCAUGGGUAGACAGAGACUGCUGUGGAGAAGAUUGGGAGGGUGUCCAGUGUAAUCAAAGAGGGAGGGUUACUGGGUUGCAGUUGCAGAGACCUGAUAGAGGGAGUGGCACUGCCACUGGCGAUGUAAUGUACAUGAAGGGCACUCUCUCUCCUUCUCUUGGUGCAUUGCAGUUCUUGGAGACGUUGGUGAUUAGUGGGAUGAAGCACAUUACAGGUCCAAUUCCUGAUAGCCUCUCAAAUCUAACUCAUCUCACAACAUUGGUCCUAGAAGAUAAUUCCCUUGAAGGGAACAUCCCUCUAGGUCUGGGUCACUUGUCCUCCCUCAAUGCCUUUUCUCUUAGUGGGAAUCAUUUGAGGGGCCAAAUUCCUCCUAGUCUAGGCAACUUUAGGAAUCUUAACCUGUUAAAUUUGGCAAGAAACUCUUUUUCUGGUCCAAUCCCUUCUACUUUCAAAAGUUUCAUCAGUUUGCAGUCUCUUGAUGUCAGCUUCAACUUGUUGACAGGGCACAUUCCAGAUUUUGUAGGGCAAUUCAGAAACCUUACCUAUCUUGACCUGUCCAAUAAUCUACUAUCAGGGCAGAUACCCAUUUCAAUGUGUAGCCUGGCAAGUCUUUCAGACUUGUCAUUAAACCAAAACCAGCUCACAGGAACAAUCCCAGACCAGCUUGUAGGCUUAAAGUCCCUUGCCAGUCUUCAGCUCAGCGAAAACCAGUUUAUCGGUCAAAUUCCGGAGUCCAUUUCGAGAUUGAAGAAUCUAUGGAACCUUAAUUUGUCCAGAAAUGGAUUCAUAGAUCCUUUACCAGUCAUUGGCGUUGGGGGCCUUCCUUCUCUCUUGUCAAUUGACCUGUCUCACAACAACCUCAGUUUAGGGACAGUUCCUGGUUGGAUAAAAGACAGGCAACUUUCAGAUGUCAAUCUAGCUGGUUGUAGACUAAGAGGAGCACUGCCAAAGUUUACUAGACCAGAUUCCUUGAGCUCUUUAGACCUAUCUGAUAACUUCUUCACAGAUGGGAUUUUAGGUUUCUUCACAAAUAUGUCUAGUUUGCAGAAGUUGAAGCUCUCAAACAACCAAUUGAAGUUUGACCUUUCUGCGAUCAGAUUGCUGGACGGGCUUUCUGCCAUUGAUCUUCACUCGAAUCAGCUCACUGGAUCCCUCUCAAGCAUCUUAAACAACAGGACAAGCAGCUUUUUAGACGCAUUGGAUGUAUCAAACAAUCAAAUUUCCGGUGCAAUUCCAGAGUUCAAUGAAGGAUUGAACCUGAAAGUCUUGAACAUUGGAAGCAACAAGAUUGCUGGACACAUCCCCAUUUCGGUCUCAAACCUGAUUCAACUCGAAAGGUUUGAUAUUUCAAGGAACCAAAUGGCAGGCACCAUCCCUACAAGCUUAGGGCUAUUGCUGAAUCUUCAAUGGCUUGAUCUGUCCAUCAAUAGGCUAAAUGGAAAAAUCCCAAAUUCUUUGUUGGGUAUCAAAGAUUUGAGACAUGCCAACUUCAGGGCAAACAGACUCUGUGGAGAGAUUCCACAGGGUAGACCUUAUAACAUCUUCCCUGCUUCUGCUUAUGCUCACAAUCUGUGCUUAUGUGGCAAGCCCUUGCCAUCUUGCAGGACAAAGUCAGUGACCAAGAAGAUAGGCUCAUGACUGAUGAGCAUUCAAUGCCAUGUUAUAGAGAAGAAUAGGUUAUAUUUUCUGCUAUAGUACAUUUUUCUUUAAUCUAUCAUAAUUCAUUUUGAAUAAUAUAAAUUCUUAAUUCAGAA